CAAAGCCACCACAUUAUAGACGUACUUCAAGGUGUACUCAGAUAAACAAGACUGUGUGGACUGUCAUAACUCCUCUGUGGACCAAGGGAGAAAAGACGAGAGCAUCAGAGUGGAUCACAGGCGGAUCACAGACAGAGAGGAGAGAAAGUCUUACAGUCUCAUCAUCAUUGCUUACAACUGACAUCAUCUGACUCCUGGUCAUGGCCCUGUUCUCUGUGUUGAUGGUGUUGACGUUGGUUGCCACAGCAACAGAGGCCCGAGCAGGCAGUGAGGAGAAUGAGUUGGAUUACGGGUACUGGAACUACAGAGAAGGAGCUGACAGUGUUAACGUGGCCUCAGUGCGCAGUGUGACCAGAGUUUUGGACGCCUGGGGGAAACACAUAUUCAGGGAGAUAAAGACUUUACUGCACUCUCAGCCCAGCACUCUGCUCCCGGACUACUCCAGAGUGCGCCCUCUGUCCGAGUCUCUUAACGACCUCUUUAGGGAAGUCUCCCUGCUGCGCCAUCGCAUCGCCGAACUCUCUCAUCGCCUAGCAACGCUGGAGCCCUACCUCCGUCGCCACGGUUACCGCGGGGAUGACAUGGCGGAGGCGGGAGGCGGCAAAAGGGCUAGGAUUCUUCAUGGGGAGGCCACCAUGCUCGCCCGGUACGCCCCUGAGAGCAGAGUGACUGCGAGGGGGAACGGGGUCGUGAGGAGAAAGCGGGUGAGGGUGAUCAGGAACAGAGGUGCUGUUUCAGAGUGAGGGACAGAAGACUGGACCGCGGGAGGAAAGUUGUAUAUAAUGAACUGUGGAGUCUUUUUAUGUGAAAGUAUGUGCAACACGCUCAAAUGCAAUCCUGAGAUUAUGAGUUGUCAUUGUUUGAUUCGACAAACUCUGUAGAACUCCAUAAUACUCUGUUUGUUUUAGUAUGCUGGAUUCCAACAAGUUCCAGUGGCAGGGAAUGUAAUUUCACAGCUCCUUUAUUCACAAAUGUGAUCAAAACAAACAUUUAAUUUUCUUACUGAAGGACAUUCAGGAUAUUUGAUAACUAAAAUACCCAAAGAUCAAUAAGCUACGGUCGAAAGACUGAUCUGCAAUUUUCUUGCUCCAUGGUUGCUAUAGACAGAUAUGAUCCCUGCCUAACUACUGGUGUUAUUUUUCAACUUUUACUGUUAUCAAUAUUAUUUUGAGUGGUCUUUUAAAAAACUUUUGAGAGUUUUUUGUCUUAUUUUACAUUUUUGUAUUUUAAAAAUUAAACCAAUGAAAUGACUGUAUGGAUGGAUACAAUCAAAUAGCUUCUGUCCUGUUUGUUUCACUUAGACAACAAAGAUAUAAUGAAAAGUAGAAUUCUUUCACAGUUUUCUCUGAAAUAAUUUUGCAAAUAAACUCAAUGUAUUCAUUUUAUGUUGACUAGUAGUUUUUCUGCAAAUAAAAAUGGUGGAAUAAUUCAUCUAAUCAAAA